GGUUACUCUUGUCUUCUUUAUUUUCUUCUCUCUAUAUCCCUGAGCACAGUCAUUUCGCCUCUUCAAGCGAGCCUCUAUUCAUAUCCAGUUGCAGGGUCUAUGAUUGGCUUUGAUAUCAAUCUCUCUCCACCCACCCUUUCCAUAGUCCAGCCCUAUUCCCCGCCUUUAGUGGCUGCAGUCUCUUUAAAUGCGCUCUUGUGUGUCAGCGACCCUGUGGGGCUGAGAGCGCAUUUCUUCCUGGGUUUGACUGUUAGGUUGUUUGUCCGUUUGGGGCUUCCGUCCGGCGGGUCCGCCAUAUUGUCUGCUGGAGCUGCCGCCGAAGCCGCCGCCGCUGCCGCCGCCAAGUAGGAGCGAGCGGAGCCGCGAUGGAGACCAUGGCAAGCCCAGGGAAAGACAAUUAUCGGAUGAAGAGCUAUAAGAACAAUGCCCUAAACCCUGAGGAAAUGAGGCGAAGAAGAGAGGAAGAGGGCAUUCAGCUUCGGAAGCAGAAGCGGGAGCAACAACUAUUUAAACGGAGAAAUGUAGAGAUGAUUAAUGAAGAAGCUGCCAUGUUCGAUAGUCUCCUCAUGGACUCCUACGUGAGCUCUACCACUGGGGAGAGUGUGAUCACAAGAGAGAUGGUAGAGAUGCUCUUUUCUGAUGACUCUGACCUGCAGUUAGCAACCACACAGAAAUUCCGGAAACUGCUCUCUAAAGAGCCUAGCCCUCCUAUAGAUGAAGUUAUCAACACGCCAGGAGUGGUGGAUCGGUUUGUGGAGUUUCUGAAGAGGAAUGAGAAUUGUACAUUACAGUUUGAAGCUGCCUGGGCUCUAACCAACAUUGCCUCUGGAACCUCUCAGCAGACCAAAAUUGUCAUUGAAGCAGGGGCUGUCCCCAUUUUUAUAGAGCUGCUUAACUCGGACUUUGAGGAUGUACAGGAACAGGCAGUCUGGGCACUGGGAAACAUAGCUGGAGACAGCUCCGUUUGCCGAGAUUACGUCUUGAACUGUUCCAUCCUUAAUCCUUUGUUAACGCUCCUUACAAAAUCCACACGACUGACAAUGACACGGAAUGCAGUCUGGGCCCUGUCAAACCUCUGCCGAGGGAAGAACCCACCUCCAGAGUUUGCAAUGGUCUCCCCUUGUUUGCCUGUGCUGUCUCGCCUCCUCUUCAGCAGUGACUCAGAUUUGCUAGCAGAUGCUUGCUGGGCCCUUUCUUAUUUGUCUGAUGGUCCCAAUGAGAAGAUCCAGGCGGUCAUAGACUCUGGAGUCUGCAGGAGAUUGGUAGAGCUCCUAAUGCAUAAUGACUACAAAGUGGCUUCUCCUGCCCUGAGAGCUGUGGGUAACAUCGUCACUGGGGAUGACAUCCAAACCCAGGUCAUUCUCAACUGUUCGGCGCUCCCUUGCCUCCUCCACUUGCUGAGCAGCCCCAAGGAGUCAAUCCGGAAAGAAGCUUGCUGGACCAUUUCAAAUAUCACCGCUGGCAACAGGGCUCAAAUACAGGCUGUCAUAGAUACAAACAUCUUCCCUGUGCUGAUCGAAAUUCUUCAGAAAGCAGAGUUCCGUACAAGGAAAGAGGCAGCCUGGGCCAUCACCAAUGCCACAUCUGGAGGAACCCCUGAGCAGAUCAGGUACCUGGUAUCACUGGGUUGCAUCAAACCCCUUUGUGAUUUGCUGACUGUAAUGGAUUCAAAGAUUGUUCAAGUGGCCCUCAAUGGACUGGAGAACAUCCUUCGGCUUGGAGAACAAGAGAGCAAGCGCAGUGGCUCAGGAGUAAAUCCCUACUGUGGCCUCAUCGAAGAAGCCUAUGGCUUGGAUAAAAUUGAGUUUCUCCAGAGCCAUGAGAACCAGGACAUCUACCAGAAGGCCUUCGACCUCAUUGAGCACUACUUCGGUGUAGAAGAUGAUGAUAGCAGCCUGGCUCCCCAAGUGGAUGAAACACAGCAGCAGUUCAUCUUCCAACAGCCUGAGGCCCCCAUGGAGGGCUUCCAGCUAUAAUGUCUGCCUCCGGGGAGGGGAUGGGAUGGGAAGCACCACCAACCAGCGGAAAAGCAGCCCUCUGGUGGGCGGGAAACCAGCCCCCCCCACCAGCCACCACACAUCUCUGCUGCCCUGGAAACUGUGCUCUUGACCUGCUCCACCCCCUUCCCUUUGAGGGAGCACCCUCUGGACAGACAGAACCAUCUGAGGCUCUUAUUUGGGUUUUGUGACAAGAAGGGGACGUGUUGGGUUUUUCUUCCUUACACUCUAUUUUGGCUGCACAUAUGUCUUUAACCCAGGAGCCCAGGGUAGACAAAGGAGGACUGAGGUAAUCAAUUUUGCACCUUUUUUAUGUUUAUUUUUUCUUUAGUAGUAACUUCCUUCCCUUUUAUCUUCCUUCAUCCUUCCCAGUUCUCUGCCAUGAUUUGUGUAACUCUUAUCUUGGGUACUUGAGCAGAUGGAAUAUUCCAGAAGUAGGAGGUGGGAGGGGAGGAGAGAAAUCCCAAAAAAGUAUUCUCGCUCUGACAGAAUAUUAAUCUUGUAUGCUUGGAUUGAGUUAUUUAAUUUUUUUCUUUUGCACAUUUUUCUUGUAUUAAGGUUGCUCUUUCCAAGAACCAUGAGUUCCUGGUUUUAGGAAUCCCAGCUGCCAGCAUUGUCUGGGACUAGAGGCUGAGGGGGCGGUCACCAUAGGACAAGGUCCUCCCCCCACCCCUCUAAUCUCUGCCCAGACCUCUUUAGUUUGGGAGAUCCCCCUCACUCUCCUGGGCAGCUUCACUAGUGGGAGUGGAGGGGAGGAGCACAGGCCUUUCAGACGGGGCUUCCCAUGUGUCGCUACUGAUCCCAUGUUUCCUACCCACCUUCCAAUGGUGCGACCCAACUUCAUUUGUUUACUUGAAAAUUCCCCUCGGAGCUGAGUGAACCUCUGAGGUAGCUGUAUUUUCUCCUAAGCACGAGACAGGGGGCUGUGAUCCUUCCUUUCUCCUGAGGAGAAAGUCCUUGCUCUGGUGACCCAUAAGUUGCAGAGGAGGUUGGAGUGAGAGUGUCAUGUAUUGGGAUAGCCAGGGAUCCCUACCUUUGGCCUUUCUUCCUCUUCCAUAGUUGGAUCAUGUAUAUUUUAUUUCCAAAGGAGAGAAUGUCAAAAAGUUCUGUAUUUUUUUAUAUUCUAUAUAUUAGGUAGGUCAAUCUUAAUUGGUCUUGAGAGGAAGAACUGUAAUUUCUGUUAGUAGGGUAGUGUGAGGAAGACCACAAAGAAAUGUGGAAGCUCCCUCAGGAGGCCUGAGCUUGGUCCUUUCCUUCUCUGCUUGGAUUCUGGGCCACCACUGGGGACCAACCCUUAGCUCUGGAACCUUUAUGUAGCAUGUCAGCCUGGUCUGAUUGGCCCAGUACCUGAAGGAAGCAAGGAUGACCCAGGGCGUGGUGAAGUAUAACACUCUAAUCUUUACUGUGAGCAUCCUGCUUGCAUCAGAAAACCCAGAAAGUGUCUGCCUUCUUAGAUUUGGUCUCAAAAGACCCCUAUUCACAUAAGUUAUCACUCACGGCUGACUUUCCUAUUAUCACAGAAACUUAGCAGCCUCAGGACUUUUGUGAGAGUUAUCGGUAUCUUCCCUGUUUGGGAUCCUUGUACCUGGUUUGGGUUUUGCCCUUCCUUGUGACAAUUAUAACCCUAGUGUCUUUUUUUCUUUUCUCUUUGAAUAAAGCUAGUGCAGUGCCUCAAUGGCUUGCCUGUGCUUUUGUGAAUUACAUAUGAGAGCAAAGCCCAGUAGGGGAUGGGGUGGAGGAAGUUGUCAGAUAAGUAAGUACAGACCAACUUGGAAAGGGCACAGCCUGCUCUGCCCCUGCUUUCCUCUGUGGUCGGUCAGUCAGAGGUGCCCUGCUCUAAGCUGUAUUUUCCCUUCCCCAGAAACAGUGCCAUUCUUGCUUCCGUUCCUACACGUCUCUGGCUCAGGUGAAACCCGUGCCCGCUGCUUACAGGUCUAAGGUUCAGGUGCUCACUGUCAGCCUUGAAUUUGCCUUCAUUCUGGUUUGAGACCCAACUCCAUAGCCAUUUUCUGAGAAAGGGGGUAUGAGGCUACAGCUUGUCACCAAGUGUGUCAGAUGCUACCCGUCAGCUUAGGAAUGUGACUCAGCCCCCAGUCUCCCAGGUAGGCAAGCGGCAGGACCUUUCCCACGUGGCCUGCUGACUUACAGACUAUUCUAUAGUUCAGAGAAAAACUCCACUCUCACCCCACCCCCAUCCUUGUCCAAAGGGGAAAGAAAGCACUUUAGUGGGAUCACUUUGUACAUCUUAAGCAAUAGCUAAGUCCCUGACAUUGGGACCAGAUUCUUACUGUGAGACCUACACACCCUGCUUUUCCCAACUCUUCCUCCAAAAUCUCCUUUCCCUUCAGAUCUGGGCCCUGUACCAGAUGGAAGACUUGAUCCUCUGGCUGCUGCUUAAAGCCAGUUUUCCUCAAAGGCUGAAGUCUCCCAGGGCACAACAUGAGGACAUUCUCAUCAGCUCAAAGGGGCCUCUCGGAGCUUUCCUUCGUUGGUGUCUUCCUCAGACCACGUUUUCCCACGAUCUUCCUCUAACCCCUCCGUCAACAGGCGGAGUUCUUCCAGCCGCAGAGGCAGUGUUUCCUUUGUGUUUCUCCUCUCCUUUGGCCAUCUUGGGAAGCAAA